UCGAUGCUCUCUCUCCCAGAAAUUUCCUAUUUUUAGACUCGCUUUGCGCUCACUCUCUUUCUUAUCGGGCAUUAGCGCGCAAUAAGCACAUUCCUUUAAUUAACCUCUCCCGCUCGGAACACGUGCGGCUGGUUCCAAUCGAGUUCCAGUCACACACCAACAUUGAGCGGUUCCGACUUCUAAACUCCUCCCUCCCCCGCAAGAGUUCCAGAUCGAGAAGCCAGUCGGAGUCCUAGUUCAGCCCUGCUCGUCGAUCUUAUCCUCUCUCCAGCUCCGUCUCCGCCCGGCUGGAUCCCUAUUAAUACCGCCCGGCUCUUGCCUCCGAUUCAUCCAAGCCUUCUCCUCGAUUCCCGGAGGGAAAACGCCGUCUCGCCGUUUUUUUUGGCUCGCUCCGAUCUUGCUCGCGUCGCGUGCGCUUUUUCCUGUCCGGGUGCUGCGCGCGCUGUUGGAAAGGCGGGUCCUUUUCGCGUCCGCCUCGUGAUCUUUCUUUGAGACGAAAAGGUGCCGCCUUUGGCCGCCAUGAACGCUCUCGCUGCCACCAGCCGUAACUUCCGGCAGGCCGCGAGGCUCCUCGGCCUCGACUCCAAGCUCGAGAAGAGCCUCCUCAUCCCGUUCCGCGAGAUCAAGGUGGAAUGCACCAUCCCCAAAGACGACGGCACCUUGGCGUCGUUCAUUGGGUUUCGCGUGCAGCAUGACAACUCCCGCGGGCCGAUGAAAGGCGGUAUCCGCUAUCACCCUGAGGUCGAACCAGAUGAAGUAAAUGCACUUGCUCAACUAAUGACAUGGAAGACGGCGGUUGCAGCAGUACCAUAUGGUGGAGCAAAGGGAGGAAUUGGGUGCUCUCCUGGUGAACUAAGUAGAAGUGAGUUGGAGCGGUUGACACGUGUAUUUACACAGAAAAUUCAUGAUCUUAUCGGAACUCAUACAGAUGUUCCAGCUCCAGACAUGGGGACAAACGCACAGACGAUGGCAUGGAUUUUAGAUGAGUACUCAAAAUUCCAUGGCCAUUCCCCAGCAGUUGUCACAGGGAAGCCAAUAGAUCUUGGUGGAUCAUUAGGCAGAGAUGCUGCCACAGGACGAGGUGUGAUGUUUGCUACUGAGGCUCUCCUGGCUGAAUAUGGAAAGUCCAUUCCCGAAUCAAAUUUUGUUAUUCAGGGUUUUGGUAAUGUUGGUUCAUGGGCUGCGCAACUUAUCCACGAGAAGGGUGGUAAGAUAAUUGCACUUGGGGAUGUUACAGGCUCAAUCAGAAACAAGGCUGGCAUAGACAUACCUGCUUUGAUGAAGCAUAGGAAUGAGGGUGGUGCUUUGAAAGACUUUCAUGGUGCAGAAGUUAUGGAUUCUGCUGAGUUGCUAGUGCAUGAAUGUGAUGUUCUUAUCCCAUGCGCCUUAGGUGGAGUCCUUAACAGGGAAAAUGCGCCUCACGUGAAGGCCAAAUUUAUAAUUGAAGCCGCUAACCAUCCAACUGAUCCAGAUGCAGAUGAGAUUCUCGCAAAGAAGGGAGUGACUGUGUUGCCUGAUAUCUAUGCUAAUUCCGGUGGUGUGAUCGUUAGCUACUUUGAGUGGGUUCAGAACAUUCAAGGUUUCAUGUGGGAUGAAGAGAAGGUGAACGCAGAACUCCAAAAGUAUAUGAACAGCGCAUUUCACCAUAUCAAGGCUAUGUGCAAGUCUCAAGACUGCAACCUUCGGAUGGGCGCAUUCACCUUGGGAGUUAACCGUGUCGCCCGUGCUACCCUCUUGAGGGGCUGGGAGGCAUGAGAGCAUUAUCAUUGUAUUCGAGAUCGAUCCAUCAUUCAAUAAUUCGUGUCCAACAGUACUGGAUUACCAGUGUUUGAUCUGAUAACUCCAUCAGAAGUGGCUGGCACGGAAAGAGUUCAGUUGAAAUAAUAUUCUAGGUACAUGUUAAAGAUAUUGUGUUUAUUCUUUAUUUUCCGCUAAUUCAUUGUCCUGGGUUGCCAAAUGUGGUAAUCCAGUUCUGGACAAAUUGGUAUCAACUCCAGAGGCCCUUUAGUGCUUCACAAAGGUUGCUAUUGCAUUCUGAUCUUGGAAAGCU